AUGGAAUCGAUUUUACCAGAUGCCACAGAAACUGGGCAUCAAUUGCAAGGGCUAGACAGCUCUGGAGAGGGCAUAAGAAGCGAGAAUACUCUGUACAAACAGGGUAAAGUUAUUUAUAUUACUCUGGCUGUAAAAGUACAGCUAAUGAAAUUCAGCAGAUAUCUUGUCAGAACACUUUUGAUAAUGUACACACGUUUAUUGACUGUAUUCAAAGAAAGUUUCGAAAUUUUGUUGAUUGUUGUAUCCAAUACAACUAAGAAUUUUUUAAAAAAUUACUCCUUAUUAUCAAAAUCAGAAACAUAUUGCAUUAUUAGAGAUACUUACACAAAAACUCGGAAUAGAAUCGAGAGUUUAUACCGUGAGAAGAAGUAUCAAGAUCAAAAUAUAAUGUCCAAGAUCUUUAAAUGCUUAAUACCCGCUUAA